AUGAAACCGAAUGACAAAAAAGAUUUUCUAAAGUUUGUAUCGUCGGUAAAGUUUCCCGAUGGGUAUGCUUCUAAUAUUGCGCGUUGCGUGAACGUUGACGAGGUCCAUGUGACGAUUCACUUGCCAGAAGAGGCAUUGCUCGUUGGUCCUGUUAACUAUCGCUGGAUGUAUCCAAUAGAAAGGGCGAAGCCCGAAGGAUCAAUUAUAGAGGCUUGGGCUCAAUAUGAGUCGCUUACUUUCUGUGGAAUGUAUUUAAAAGAUGUGGACACGGCUUUCAAUCGUCCUCAACGCAAUAAUGGCGGAGGUCUAAAAAAUGAGAAACUUUCUGUUUUUGCCCAAAGCGCACGACCCUUUGAAGAUCCGGUACGAGGAGAGUCGUUUUCCAGAAAUGACAUGGAGGUAGCGCAUUGGUUUGUACUUAACAAUUGUGAUGAGAUAAUGGCAUACUUAGAUGAGCAUGAAGAGAUGAUGAAGCGAGAACAUCCAUCACAUUUGUAUGCCAUGAAAUACUUGAAGAGUUAUAUAACUUGGCGUUCGGCGCGAUUCGCGCUGAAUUAUUCUCGGGUUGCCAUGUUAACGGCGUCAAGUUUUUGGGGACUGCACGAGAUGACAAGUUGUGUACGCAAAACACUUCGAGGUACAAAUUUUAUACAAGAAUCGUUUCAGCUUCAAGGAGUGUUUUCAAUCGAAAUACCGAUUCAGUCAAUUACAAUUGACCUCGGUAAUCUUCCACGAUACGAAGUUCCAAUGGGCCAGAAUAACGAAAGUGAUGAGGAGGAGGAUUGGGAGACCGAAAGUGAUGAUAGCGAAGAUAACGAAACUUAUUAUAGUUUAGAUGAUGAUUAA